AUGAAGCUUGGAGAAACAUUUCCUGCUUUUUCGGCUACGACAAACCUCGGCAAGAUUGAGAACUUUCAUGAGUGGAUGGGUGACAACAGUUCCUUACCUAAGAGUGGGAAUCUGGGAAAUUGGAAACGCUUGAUAAACCUCAAUUUCAGCUGGGCAAUCUUGUUCUCGCAUCCAGCCGAUUAUACACCCGUUUGCACGACUGAGCUGGCUCGAGCAGCUCAGCUGGCGGAACAGUUCCAUGAUAGGAAUGUACAGAUGAUCGCAUUAAGUUGCGAUUCAGCUGAGUCGCAUCGAGGCUGGAUCAACGAUAUCGUAGCGUACGCGAACACUCCGGUUAUCACGAGCGAGAGCUUCCCAUUUGAAAUAAUCGCAGAUGAGGAUCGAUCGCUGGCGACAGCGUUGGGUAUGCUUGAUCCAGCGGAAAUGGAUAGCAAAGGAAUGCCACUCACAGCUCGCGCUGUUUUUAUAAUUGAUCCCAAAAAGCAACUUCGUGCACAGAUACUCUAUCCAGCCACAACGGGGAGAAACUUCGAUGAAAUUCUGCGCAUAAUCGACUCCAUGCAGCUAGCUGAUCGUCUGCCGGUUGCGACUCCCGAGGGUUGGAAAGGUUUGGCUGAGUCAUGUAUGGUUCAACCAAAUGUUCCUUCGGACAAAGCGGAUGAACUGUUUGGCAAGGUGAACACAAUAUCGCUCCCCAGUGGAAAGUCUUAUCUUCGCAAGGUGGACCUUGUUGACUGA